AUGAGGGCUGCCGAGGCCUCCAGCGCGUCCUCCAGCAGCGACAGCAGCGAAGGAGACGCAAAGCACAACAAAUCCUCCCAUAAGCCUGCGGUGGCGACGCUUCCCAAGAGCAACUCCCAGGUUGCUGCAAAUUCCAGUGUGAAAACGGGUGUUUCUAGUAAAGUCACUGUGAAGUCUAAAGCUGCACACUCCGCUAAGACUGCAGUUAGUAAAAAAUCUAACCAGCCCCAGUCCUCUAGUUCUGAUUCUGACUCAAGUGCAGAGGAUGGCAAAGUAGCAACGGCACAAAACAGUGCCACAAAGAAAAAGCCACUACCUAAUAACACAGCCCCUGUAAAAACCAGCACCCCAAAAGCCCCCAACACAAAGACCUCCUCUUCUGAGUCUGACAGUUCAGAUUCAGAAACACUUGUUACUAAAAAGCCCAAAGCAAAUGCUGGACCGAGUACUUCCAUAGUAAGAAAUGGUGAUAAAAAGUCACCAGCUGGUGUUCAAAGAGCACUGCCCAGCCCCGUCCUUGGAAGGGGACGAGGAACAGGAGAUGGGAACUUCUGGAAAGGAUUGAGGGGCCGUGGGUUUCAAGGGGCAACGCGAGGCCGUGGCCGAGGAGACAACCAGGGCUUCUUCUAUAACUACGACAGUGAAGGCCAGAAGCAGAGGCAGUUAAAUGAGACAGUGACAAACACUUCUGUCCUUGUGCAGAAUCCGGUGGAGGUCCCCAAGAGAAACUAUAGUGCAUUACCUCUUCUAGCAGCCCCACCACAAGUGGGAGAAAGAAUUGCCUUUAAGCGCUUGGAACUAACUGAAAAUUACAGUCCCGAAGUUUCAGACUAUAAGGAGGGGAAAAUAAUCAGUUGGAACGCUGAUAAAAAACAGAUAGAGCUUGAGAUUCUUUCAUCGCCCGCAGUGGCUAAAGAGCCAGGGAAGUUCGAUCUGGUUUACCAGUCUGCAGAUGGAGCCGAGCUGAUAGAGUAUGCUGUUCCGCAGGACACAAAGAUAACUGAAAGUUGGGAUGCAUUGAUAGAGCCAAGACUGAUUGUUGAGCCUUCAGUUAAUGGUUCGAGCCUUGAAAAUGGAAAGAUCUAAAAUAUGGACAAAUGUAAAUAACUUUAUGGACUGUUUUGUGAAGUACUACCUUCUAGUUAUGAAGACAGCAGAUCCACUGGUGGAUAUUUUUAAUAAAUGGUUUUUAAAUGAAAGUAUGCCAA